AUGAGUGCGCCACCUGCCAAGUUCGAUGCCGAAAAGGCAGACAAUUUUGAAGAUAUUGAGAAACAAUUCGCAGUCAAAGCUGUUCAACAUAUGUCCACAUACUGGGCAAUCCUCGAAAAAGUCCGCGGAUCCUCUCUCAGACUUACAAAAAUCGACAACGAGAUCUAUGAACAUUUGAUGAAGGAUUUCCCAGAACUUGAUCCGGCAGCCACAAUCAAUGAGGAUGAAAUGAAGAGCAAGACAGGAAAAGAGAGAUGGAGAAAUUUCAUGAUGAAAUAUGAGAAGACCGUGGAGGAUUAUAAUUUCGGAACGAUGUUGAGAACGAGUCCAAAAUCUGAAUAUGAACAAGACGCAACCAUUUUUGUCCCAAGAAUGCAAUUCUAUGCUUAUGAGAUUGCAAGGAACCGCAAAGGUUGA